CUGAACAGACUUUCGUUUUGUUUUUACAGGUGGGAUAGUAACAUCUUUUGGGGAAAGAGAAUUGGCUUGCUUUCCUGAAAGUGGCGAAUGUACAGCAGAGCUGCAUAGGAGGAACAGUAAUCAGAUGGCCACCUUCUCCAUGUGUGCUCGGAAACAGAAUCGGCUGUAAGAGUCCAUGUUGAUCUUGGAAAUUGAAGGAUUAAGAAAAGUUAAGUUUCCACAAAGAACAAGAACUUUUCCAUCUCCCUUUUGAUCUGAAGACCGAGGACAAUGGAUAUCAUAGAGACAGCAAAACUUGAAGAACACAUGGAAAAUCAAACCAACGAUCCUGCAAACACUUACACGAGACCUGCCGAACCUGUUGAAGAAGAAAACAAAAAUGGCAACAGUAAACCUAAGAGCUUAUCCAAUGGAUUGCGAAAGGGCACCAAAAAGUACCCAGACUACAUCCAAAUUGCUAUGCCCAAUGACUCGAGGAACAAAUUUCCCCUCGAGUGGUGGAAAACGGGCAUUGCCUUCGUGUACGCACUUUUCAACCUCGUCCUGACAACCGUCAUGAUCACAGUUGUACACGAGAGGGUCCCUCCCAAGGAGCUCAGCCCUCCACUCCCAGACAAGUUUUUUGAUUACAUUGAUCGGGUGAAAUGGGCAUUUUCUGUAUCAGAAAUAAAUGGAAUUAUAUUAGUUGGAUUAUGGAUCACCCAGUGGCUGUUUCUGAGAUACAAGUCAAUAGUGGGGCGCAGAUUCUUUUUUAUCAUUGGGACUUUAUACCUGUAUCGCUGUAUCACCAUGUAUGUCACCACUCUACCUGUGCCCGGAAUGCAUUUCCAGUGUGCUCCAAAGCUCAACGGCGACUCCCAGGCGAAAGUGCAGCGGAUCCUACGGUUGAUUUCCGGUGGCGGACUGUCCAUAACGGGAUCGCAUAUCUUGUGUGGGGACUUCCUCUUCAGUGGUCACACAGUUGUGCUGACACUUACGUAUUUGUUCAUCAAAGAAUAUUCGCCUCGUCACUUCUGGUGGUACCAUUUAAUCUGCUGGCUGCUGAGUGCCGCCGGGAUCAUCUGCAUUCUUGUAGCACACGAACACUAUACUGUCGAUGUGAUCGUUGCUUACUAUAUCACAACACGGCUGUUCUGGUGGUACCAUUCAAUGGCCAAUGAAAAGAACUUGAAGGUCUCUUCGCAGACUAACUUCUUGUCUCGAGCGUGGUGGUUCCCCAUCUUCUAUUUUUUUGAGAAAAAUGUACAAGGCUCAAUUCCUUGCUGCUUUUCCUGGCCGCUCUCCUGGCCUCCUGGCUGCUUUAAAUCUUCGUGCAAAAAGUACUCACGGGUCCAGAAGAUCGGUGAAGAUAAUGAGAAAUCUACCUGAAGAGCAAAACAGAGGCACCAGCUCUGAUACCAAAAGCGUUUACGCUGUAACCAAAGGUAUAGUUUUGUCUUUUUAUUUUAGGAGAACUUGACUGGUAAAUGAAGCAGUGGACCAAAUUUGGUGCAAACGAUUAGCAAGAUGAACGAAGUAUUACCCUUUGACUGGUUUUUGUUCAUCCUGAGAAAGAUGCAUUUUCCUGCAGCUCUUCCUCCGUUGGUGAUGAGGCCACCCUGGGAUUUGACUCAUGAGCUUGUUCAAGACGUGCCAAAAGACAUGCUGCUCCUCGCCCCGCUCUUUCCCCACCCGAGCCCGCGACAGAAUUUUUUCAGGAUUUUUUUUCCUCCAAGGUCAGAAGAAUUUGUUAACGUUUUAAAUAAAAUAUCUGGAUAUAUAC